GUAUCUAGGAAUCAGCGCAGAUGGAGUCGUGGCUGCAUUGGCGAAGCGGCGACGGAUUGACUCUGCUGAAGAGGAGUGGAUCAGCGGGGUGGUCUGGGGGUACGUCCUUGAGGUCAGAAAGCGGUUGAAAUGGGAUGCUGGCUCCAGAGGGGCGACUGACACAAAACCUGCGGAGGAGGAGGAGGAGGAGGAUUGCAUGGACUCGUUGGCCACCCGGCUUGGCAAAGAACAGCACAGAUUACAGGUGAACCGACUCUUGACAGAUCCAGAUGAUUUGGCGUGUCCCAUCCUUCACUCUUUGAUGGAGCAUCCAGUUCUGGCGGAGGACGGAUUUACCUACGAGCUCGAAGCCAUCCAGGAAGCAUUGAAGCGACGGGCCAAGAGCCCCAAGACUAACGCAGAUAUGGGUGACAAGGUCAUCCCAAACCAUGACAAGAAGGCAGCUAUUUUGUGCUACAAGGAGAAGACCGUGCAGGAAAUCAUGUCCAUCGUCUCAUCCCUCUCCAGCGACCGCGCUCUGCAACUGCUGCGUCGCGCGGAAUCUUUUGUCCAACCCUGCCUUGGGGACCGCGGAAUGCAAGCUAAGCUCAUGAAGCUUUUGCAGAUGAGAGCCAGUUUGCCUCCUGCCUUGCGAGGGGAUGCCAUUAAGGAGCUCAUUGACAUACUGCCGACGCAGCCAGAGGACUCAGAGGACAAUGCAGUCAUGAGUCUGUUAGCCAACUUCAAGGCAUGGGAUGUGGCUCCUCGGUUGGCAUCAUGCAGCACUGAAGGCAUCGCCUGCCUCCAAGCAGCCGCAAGGAAGUCGCGCCUGCUUCCCUGCCGCGAGGUAUUGGAUGCAGAACGUGCAUGUAGGUUGGCAGCCGAAUCGCUUACUGCUGCUGGAGCAAAGGCAUUAUGGCAGUUUGUGCUUGAGCUCAGUUCCGCGGCCGAACCUGGAAUUUGGUUGCGAGCAGCCUCCUUGGUCUUGGCUGCUCUCCAGUGCAAAGUAGAGGCUGACCUGUCGAUAAUUCCGGACACGCUCCUGGCAAAUGCAGUCUCCUGGUUGAAGGCCCCUCUGGAUGCAGCAGCCCUUGCUACGGAAGUAUUCAAUUGCGACCUUGGUGUAACAGCAGACGCUGGAGAGCGUACACGCUCACUGGCCCUGCUCUUGUUAGAGCAGGCAAGGCGUUGUGCAGCUGAUUCGUCUGAGCAAGAGCGGCUGUUGACUGAAGCCUUUGCGGCUGAUGAGGAGAACUAUGAUGUUCAGGGCCAGCUGCUGAAGCUACUGCUUCAGCGCCUGGAGGAUAGCAAGCUAGACAAGGAAGAUGUUCUGUUGAAGCUUCUCUUCUUGGAGCAUGACGAUGUGCCGGAGGAACUGCUGCCCAAGCUGCUUGCUGGUGGUUAG